AUGAUUAAAGAGUGGAAACGUGAUAUUGAAGCCCGACGAGACGAAACAAGAAACUAUUUAAUUUCAGGUGAAGAUACUCUGGAAGUACGAGAUGAUGAAACACAGAUUGAAGUUGUAGGUGCUGAAAUUCCAACAAGCCCAAUUAAAACGAAAGCUACGAGAGUCUUACCUGUAACUGCAACCAAUUUGGUUUUAUUUCCCACAAAACAGAAUAUCGUCAAACAAUUUACACUAAAUACUCAGCAAAAAUAUGCUUUCAUGAUUAUAACUAGUCACUUAGAUGGCGAAAAUCAUGCUUAUACCGGUACUAUCGAUAAUCAGUUAUUAAUGUGCAUACCUGGUUGCGGUGGUACUGGAAAAUCUCAGUUAAUUCGUGCAAUUACCAAGUAUUUCCAAGUAACCAAGAGGGGCAAGAUGUUGCGUAAACUGGCGCCAACGUCUAUAGCAGCAGCUGAGAUUGACGGAUUAACUAUCCAUUCAUUUUUAGGUGAAAGUCGCAAAAGCACUAAAAAGAAAAAUACCCAUACAUUUAGACCUGGCGAUACGAAAUUGGAAAAUGAAUGGCGUCAUGUGAAGUACCUGAUAAUCGAUGAGAUGAGUAUGGUAGGACUUAGCCUAUUAGCUCGUCUCAGUCGAAUAGUGAAAACAGCCAAGCACGUAAAUUCUGAGAUACCUUUUGGUGGUGUCAAUGUCAUUUUCUUCGGCGACUACCUUCAAUAUUCUCCUGUUUUGGACAAGCCUCUCUACUGUAGCUGCGCAUCGACACAGCAAGUUACAGAACGUCAGAUAGAUAUGUUAUGUGCACAGAAGCUUAUGUCUGAAAUAAACUGCGUCGUAGAAUUAACUCAGCAAAUGCGAACCGAAGACAUAAGAUAUUUGGAGCUUUUAAAUAGAUUAAGAAAUGGACAAUUGUCAAUAGAAGAUUACCAACUUCUGUGUACGAGAGUCAUAGGAAAUC